AUGAGCGCCGUCGAAGCUGGUGUCGCGGAGAUCGAAGAGGAGGAAUCACUAUCCCCUCGACAGAAGGCGCCCUCCAUUCACGAAGCCAUUGAGUCACUCGACUCCAUCAACAAUGGCAACCUUGGAGUUCUCGAUGGGCGCGCCGACCCCGAUGCGCAAGCGACCGUCACCGACUUCCUGGAGUUUACGGAACACCUGCCUGCCGAUGUCAUGCGCUCGCUCACCCUGAUCGGCACGCUCGACCAACAUCACUCGAGCGCGUCGCUCAAGCUCCACGAACUCACAAAGCUGUGGGGCCAGCUCCCAAGCUUGCCACCCGAAGAGAAGCCGCAGCCCGUGCAGCUGAGGAGCAACAUAUCGGAUGAGCUGAACCGUGUGAUGACGUCGCGCGUCUACUCGCACGCCGAGGCUGUGCGGAUGGCAGAGAAUGUGAACAGACACGUCAACAGGCUGACGUUGAUACAUGCGAAGCUGCGUAAUAUGCUAGAAAAAUACCCCACCGAUGAUAUGCAAAAGAGCCCGGUCGCGAGAAACAGGUCACCACUGGUCACCCGCGGAACGAAACGCCAGCCCACUGGUGCCGACCGUGGUCGCAGACCCCGCGGCCCUAGGAUAACCGUUCCUGGCGAUGUUCUUGCACCUUACGAUGUUGGCUACGAUACGAACAGCGACGAGAGUGAUAGUAGUGAGGAUGAGGAUGAAGAGGAGGAACUCGCUGUCUCUCGGCGGACACCAGCGGCACGCGGAGGUAGCCAGAAACCACGGGGCGGCAGGAAGGCGCCUGAAAAGGCACCCAAGACCCCGAAACCGAAAACUCAAAAGGCUUCGCAAGCGCAAACCACCGGCGCUGCAAAUACGCCCGCUGGACUCCCCACCCGCUCUGCGCCUGUGGUUCCCCCGCCGGAGAAUGUAGUCGUUGGCAGUGAGGAUGCCCCAUGGUUGCAGCUGACACCAUGGGAGCUUUCAAAACUUAGGAAGCGAAUGAAGAAGAAUUCUUCGUGGGUGCCUAGCGAGACUAUGAUUCACAAAGAGCUUAAAACUCUCGGUCGUGGCUAUGACGGUUGGGCUACGGCAAAGAAGCAGGCCGAGGAUGAGGGCCGGCCAUUCGAGACGACACUCCCUCAACCAAUUGUCGAUGAUGCGACAGGUUCCGAGCACCUUCCCAUGGGGGCCGUCACUCUGGACUCCGCGAUUGCUGCUGAGGAUAGGAACCUCACCAACCGUGGCCACGAACUGAACAAGGCCAAGAAGAUCAAGAAAGAUCGCAUGUCUGAUAUUGCGGCUAAAGAGGCCGAGGAGUCGGCAAGGAGAUUCGCUCUCAUGGCCAGGAACUUCCAGGUCUCCUUCCAACAACCGCAGUCUUCUGACCAAACUCCAGUGAAGGCCGCAAGCAAGAGAUCACAGAGCAAGAAACGCAAGAGGGAUUCUGUCACAGAGGCCGACGCUGAGAAGCCAGACACGGCAAGCUUGAAACGGUCAAAGACGGAGACACCAGUCCCAAUUCCACCGCAUAUCAACAUGCCUCGCUCCCAGCAGACGUCUGUCCCGCCUUCCCAGUUGACACCCGGCGGCUCGCAGACUUUGCAAUCGACAACUCCUGUUCCCAUUCCCUUACCACCGGGCCAGGAGCAAUCAAUCAUCACGGUUGGAACUAAGUCUACGGCUGUGUCACCUGCUCCUAGUGCUGAUGCGAGUACAACGACGACAAUUGUGCCGACGAAGGCGCCAGCAGAUGACGGUCCUCAGUCUCCUAUCAAAUCCACAACCCCCAUUGUGCCUCCUGGAAGGGAGACGCGAGCCAGAGAAGCCAAGAAUCAAGCCAAAGAGAAGGCCGCUGGACUACCUCCCAUCAAGACGUCAGGCUCGCGCGGGAAUACCCCGUCGGUAACGACCCCUGGACAGGAUUCAUCAUCACGCCGACCCUCAUCACGCGGCCAGCAACAAGGACAGGAUACUGGCCAGCCGGCGGGCCUGGCGGCAGAUAGACCCCGCCGCGCCAGCACGGCGAGGAACACACCCGCUCCGGAGCAGAUGUCAUCGGUGAGACAGCCCAGCAAGAGGACUAAGAGACCUGCGCCGGGCAUCAUCAGCCGGACAAACUCGGGCGGUAACAGCGCUAUAACGAAGCGCAAAGCAGCGCCGAAGAAGUCGAAGCGCGGUGGUGCACGGAAGAAGGAUGAACGUGGUGCUGGUCAAGCGUCUGCCGAAGCGGAGGCGGAGGUCGAGGUGGAUGAGGAUGGGAAUGUCAUCGACCCACACGAGCAGAGGUAUUGUGUUUGCAACCGCGUUAGUUUUGGGACCAUGGUGUUGUGCGAGAACGUUGAUGUAAGUUGCAUUCCUCCUCUCACAUUGCUGAUCUCGAGGAGAGGCAAGAGCAUGAGCUAA